GAAGCCUGACCAAUGAAAACAUUGUGAAUGAUCGCCAUAUUGCUCUGUUUUACCACACCCUGGAUAGUGUAUCGGUGAAACGGUGGACUCAAACGGGGUCAAAAGGAGACCCUAAUUGAAGCCCAUGACCUCCGAAUAAUAAUAAAUGGAAUUGGAAAAUAUCGUAGCAAAUACGGUGUAUAUUAAAGCACGAGAGGGAAAAAGAAAAGGGAAGAGCAAAAAAUGGAAGCAAAUUCUUAAAUUCCCCCAUAUAUCUACCUGUAUACAUUUAAAAAACACAAUACCUAAUACCUAUGACUACAUAGUAGAUCAGCAACCAAUAGGUAGGGAGUUGUUCCGACUGUACUGUUGUAGGAAGCCACAGCUCGCCCGGGCCAUCCAGUUCUUGGAUCGAGUGGUAAAGAUCAGCUUAGCAAGUUAUGAGGUGGCUCCAGAUGAAAAACGGCAGGAAGAAGCCAAAGAAGUCUAUGAAACAUAUCUAGACCCAAAGUCUGAUUCCUAUGUAAAUCAGGUGAAUGGGAACCAGGUCACAGCCAUAAAGGAGAGUAUACACAGUCACAACUGCAGUAAAGAAAUAUUUAACUCAUGCGUAGAAUUAAUCACAGAACAUUUAAAAAAUGAACCAUUUAAAGAUUUCUUAGACAGCAUGUAUUUUAAAAGAUAUUUACAAUGGAAGUGGUUGGAAAGUCAACCAGUCACAAAAAACACAUUUCGAAUGUACAGGGUACUAGGGAAGGGAGGGUUUGGGGAAGUCUGUGCAUGUCAGGUGCGAGCGACAGGGAAAAUGUACGCUUGUAAGAAACUGGAAAAAAAGCGAAUCAAGAAACGCAAUGGGGAAAGGAUGGCUCUGAACGAAAAGCAAAUUCUACAAAAGGUCAACUCUAGGUUUGUUGUUAGUUUAGCCUAUGCAUUUGAAACCAAAGAGGCAUUAUGUUUAGUAUUGACUAUAAUGAAUGGUGGGGAUUUAAAGUUUCACAUACAUAAUAUGGGUAACCCAGGAUUCGAGGAGGAGAGAGCUAUAUUUUAUGCAGCAGAAAUCACAUGCGGGCUGGAAGAUCUCCAUCUAAAAGGGAUAGUGUAUAGAGAUUUGAAACCAGAGAACAUUUUACUGGAUGAUCAUGGUCAUGUGAGGAUAUCAGACCUGGGAUUGGCUGAAGAGGUACCAGAAGGGGAGACAAUCAAAGGCCGAGUUGGCACCGUUGGUUACAUGGCCCCAGAGGUAGUGAAGAACGAGAGAUACUCAUUUAGUCCAGACUGGUGGGGGUUAGGCUGUAUCAUUUAUGAAAUGAUCGAGGGAAAGGGACCAUUCCGGGCGCGGAAGGAGAAGGUGAAGCGCGAGGAGGUGGAUCGGAGAGUGAAGGAGGACCAAGAGGAAUACUCCUCAAAGUUCUCCGAGGACUGCCAGGACGCGUGUAAAAAGCUUCUAAACAAAGAUCCCAAGUCGCGUCUGGGAUGUGGGCCCUAUGGUGCCAAGGACGUCAAAUCGCAUCCAUUCUUCAAAACGAUUAACUUUAAGCGGUUACAGGCAGGGAAGUGUAAUCCCCCAUUUGAACCUGAUAAAAGAGCGGUGUAUUGUAAGGAUGUCUUGGACAUUGAGCAGUUUUCCACAGUGAAAGGUGUCAACCUUGAUGCAAAUGAUGACUCUUUUUAUACAAAAUUUAGCACUGGCAGUGUAUCAAUACCAUGGCAGAGCGAGAUGAUAGAGAUGGAGUGCUUCAAGGAACUAAAUGUGUUCAGUGAGGACGGGGACACCCCUCCCGAUCUGAUCGAGGAACUUCCCCCUCCCCCACCCCGGGGCAGCCUCUUCAGCAGGCUCUUUCGGAGACAGAAUCGUGAGGCUCACUGACAAAGAAGAACUGGUGGUGCUGUAGGCUUCCAUUGCUAAGGAGAUUCUCCAUUGAUUCUCUAAAACAAAAUGUGGAAUGUGGCGGGAGAACCCUGUGUCUGUUUGUAUUCAGGGGCAGUAACUGUUGGUGUCUGCCAUACCACCAUGUUUUCUGUUGUUUACAUAAUGACUCAGGCUGAGAGGCUGAGACAAAAAGAGUUGCAGAGAAGAAGAAACAACAACAAAAAAAACAAUUCAACUACUGGACAAUGUUCUUUUGUCUCAUCUUUCAAAAAUCAAAAAUUGUCGACACAGACUUGAGAGAGUGAAAUUGUGGAUAAUUUUUGGAGACCUGAAAUAUUUGCUCGGACUUGCCAGUAUUGUCUCAAGAAAAAAAAAAAUCUAUAUAUGUAUAUCUUUUGUAAUAGUGUCAUAGGGCGUUUGAUAAUAUGCGAGAAUGUGUGUGUUUGCUGGUGAAUAAUUCAUGUUGGUUGAAUUUUUCUAUAUAUUAGAUUCACUUUUAAAUAUUUUUAAGUAUUACUAGAGAUUAUUCUAUGUUCACGUUGUGCCCAUAUUAUGUUUAUUACGUGUGUGAUGACUUUCCUUCAGUAGUACUGUAUUUAGACCACAACAACUCUAAAGAGACUUCAUCCCUCUCAACCCCCAAUGAUAACGCUCCUGUCUUUCUGUGUCUAUGAAUCAAGAUUCACUUUAAAAAAAACUGAGAAUUUGUAAAGAAAUUUUUUUCGGGGAAGGUAGACAACUUUCAUACCUUGCAUUUGCAGUUUCAUAUUUUGGUUUUUCAUAUAAUCAAAUUUAUCAUUUGUUUUCGUUUUAUAAAAGGAACUAUCGGGUAGGAGUUGAAAUUACGAAAUUAUGUUGCUGGUACUGUUAUCAGAACUGUUAUCAGUAUAUCAGCUUUUAUAAUUUACUUACAUCGGUGUAGUGCUAAUUGUUUUUUUUUUUUUUUUUUUUUACAUAUGCCAUAGAUAGGUGUUUCAUGUAGAAAUCACCCAAAAAAAAUGGCUUUUGAAAUUUAGUGCUGCUUGGUUUGAAGUGUAUUGGGUCAUUUUUUUAACUGAAGUUAUCAUGGUGGCAUUUCUUUUUUGAAUUGAGCAGCUAAGCAUUACAAAUAAAUGACAUAUUGUACUGUAUAAUGACUAAGAGCAGGAUAAUUUGAAAAAGUAAUCUUAAAAAAGUAAAUAAUGCCAAAAAAUGCAAUCAAUUUUUUUCUAGGAGACUACACACACACAGAUGUGCAGUGGUGCUUCCUUUGAACAUUUUACUUUGUGGGUGGAAUUAUUUCUAAAUACCUGACAAUGCUCUGUAGAAAGUCAUAAUUAUUUCACUGAAAAGAAUCUCACUGGGGAAUCUCCUGGUCUAAGAAUAGUGUGAUGAUGUAGAAAACAUGCGGAAAACCCCCCUAGUAUCUUUCAACAUGGGGAUCAACUUAAAGAGUUGAUAAAGUUAGGAUUUCAUUGGGGAUUCUAUUUCAAAAAAGGAGCGAUUCUUCUUUUCGAACUUACAUGGAUUUUAUGAUCACUUAAUUAAAAAAAUUUGUUAGCAUAACAUGAUUUCCUCUCCUGACUGUAUAUAAUCAGAUGUGAAAAAAGGGGUUUUUAUUAUUUUUUUUUUCAAUUCAUAAUGCAGAACUAAUAUGAAUCAACCUUAUUGCUCUAUGAUUUUCGGACAAAAGAGAGAACUACACAGCUUUAUGAGUUUGGGCUGCUGGUUUCAGUCCUUAUAGUACGUACAUGUAUAUAUAUUGUUGCAAACAUAACUGUAUUUAUUGUUAUUUGCAUAACCAUAAUUGAUACAUAUUUUCUAUUCCCAAACUAUUCACAUGCAAUUUUUAUGUGUUAUAAAUUUCCCCAAGUGAUAUGUGUUUUUGAUUAUACAUGUAUAAGGAAGAAAAGGUUUUAUUCCGUGUGUGUAAAAAGCAACUUUUUCUAUACAGCAUUAUCUCUGAGUAAGCACCAUGUACAUAAUAGUUUGCUUCAGACAGGAAUUUUCUUACAAUUGACUUUUCCACGCAUUGCUUUUAAUAAUACCCCUUCCCAUUCUUCAAAUUUUGCUGCAUAAUUAAAAGUCACAACGUGCGAAUUCUUAUUGCUCAAAUAGAAAGCUGCUUCAGAAUGCAAGGAGAGAAUGUAUAGACUUUUAUAAACAAAUGCCAAAGCUAACUUACUACACAGAUACAUUAUCAUGGUUAAAAGAAAUUUAUUCUUUACUCUUGAAGCUCCACCAUUUCAUAUAAAAUUUUCAAUUAAUUUAACCUCAAUCUUACUUUUUUCUGAUUGAAAAUUAAGAUAUCACAUGGAAAAUACUGUUAAAAGCACCGGUAUUUGAAAUUGAAUUUAAACUUUGAUUUGUCUUACCGAUAGAAUAUGCUUUCAGUGUACAUUUGAUUGUUUAAUAUAUUUUUUUUCUGUACAUGCCAAGGAUGUUUGCAGAUACAUGUAUCACAUAUUUUUGCUUUCUGUGCAAAAUCCAUGAAAUUAAGAUACCAUAACUCGAAUUCGGUCCGUUUGUUUGGAAUUGGUGAGUACUGUAGAUUCCUUAUUUUAUGCGGGUACUUAAUUCCGCGAUUGAACAGUUUUCCAUCAAACCGCGAGAACAUAAAAUCGUGAAUGUCAGAACUUUAUCAUAGUUUCAUGUAGUUUACAUAUGUUCGAAAAUUAAAAGCGAGAUUUUAAAAUUCGCCAGACAGGCUUCUCGUGAUUUUACGCGGAUAUUAAUUCCUCGCGUUUAAUUAGGAAUUUUCAGUAAUUAAGACAUGUAGUACACAGACUUAAGGGUGGAUCUUUGAAAAUUAAGACUUAUCUCUCCAUCAUUUUCAACAACAGAUUUUUAUUAGUGAUUUACCUGUGGAUAUCAAUUUUGUGGAAGCUAGAGCAAGAUUUACUGUGUGAAUUUUUUUUUUUUCAAAGAAUGAGGGAAUGAUUUUAAGACUUUAUUUAAAUCAUAUUUUUAUGAGAACAUCUGUUUGUAUGUACCAAAUUACAUGGUUUUUAGAUAUUUAUUAAGGUAUCAAUCUUUAUGGCUGCUCACAUUUGUUAAAUAAUUUCAAUGACAGUUGAGUAUUUAACAAUAAAGUUUUAUGUUUUUAAAUGUGAACGGGCUUUAAAAUUGCCACAUUUCCUUUCACAUUACGGUAUAUUAAUUAACAAGUAUAGAUAUAUUGAGUGUUGUAAUAUGAGUAUUUAUCUUUGUCAAUCACUUCUGCAAUAUAUUAAGUUGCAUUUAGGUCUGUUAUAAAAUGUACAGUCAUUUCAAAACAGCAUAACUGACUGCAUUGGAGUUUUUUGGUAUAGUUUACAAAUAGGUUUUUUUCUCCCUCUUUAAUUGCCGUUUUUAUCUAUCAGUAACCCAAGACGUCUGCCGGACAGAAUAUUUUUGAUGUUGAAUUUUAUAUUCUGGAAAUUUUGGCAUUCAAAGACAAAAGCUUAGCAAAACAAUUACUAAACUUGGUGCUUGAGAGUAUAUCUUGCCUAUUUUUUUUUUCAUGAUUAUUAUUUCCCUUUUUUGUGAGUUCACUGUAUUUUCCCCCAUGGUUUGUAUCAUUUUUCUUCCUCUAUUUCCCCUUUUUUAACUGUAUAGAUCAGAUUAUUUAUUCACAUGUCAUGAUUUGAACAUUGGAAAUGUUUGCUCACUGACUGUCAUUCGUUAUGAAGAGAUGACAUCUCUUGUUAUUUUUUUUUUUUAAUGGAGCCUCAGUUUUUCUUGCCUCUCUUAUUAACUUCAGCUUGAUAUUUGAAUUGAUGGCAAUUAAUUCAUGAUAUUUUCCAGACCAGACAUUGUUUUGUUCAGUGAAUUGCAUGGAACUUGUACAUCAUAUAUUGUUUUUCUUCCAAAGGAUGAACAGUCUUUUUUUCAUAUGUCAUGUGAGCUGUAUCUAUAACAUUAAAAGCAUAAAAAAACAAAUGUAUAAAAAAAAAAAACAAUUCCAUAUCUGUUGAGUAUAUAUAUAUCUCUAGUCAGUCUGUACAUGUGAACGUUGCCCCAUCCUGUUUGUAUUAAUUCACUCAUAAGAUGUAAUUUAUACAAAUGUCAUCAACAAUCAUUAUUUAACAACAAAGAAAUAAUAAAUGUUUUACAAAAAGUUUA